CAAAUUGGGCUUUGCUUCCAUUACCCACAGAUAGGUCCAGCAGAAACACGGAGCUGACACUCGAACUCUUUUGGCUGGCCGGGAGCGCAGAGACGAAGACGAAUUAGCAGCGCGCGGACGAAGGAAGAAGUAGCGGCGGCGCCGGCGGCACAGAGAGAGAUGUCAGGCGGAGCAUUUUGGGCGACGAGAGUGAUGGAGAUAGUGAAGAAGCACGACUCGGGAGGACUCGUCUGGAAGAGAAUCAAACUCACCCCCUCUCGUAAGGCCAACGCCAAGAAGCGCCUCCAGCGAGUUUGGCAGAAUGAGGCUGUCUUGAGGGCAUGCUCUGAACCACCACCUUCAAUGGCAUCCACUAAUGAAGCUGGCGGACCAGCAGAAGGAGAUGGUAACAACACCACCAAAACCUUGGAUGCCUCAAGUUAAUGAGCUUUAACAUGAGAUAAGUAGCUCAAAGCAAGCGCUUUUGAUCGCAGAGCUAUAUUGUUCUAGUGAUAGUUUUAGUUGUCAGUCUGAUGUGGAAGGCUCUUUUGUUAAAGGAAGCAUACCACCAUGGCAACAACAUGAGCAAUUCUAGGAUACUGAUUUUGAAAACAAUCCAUUGGUAAUUCAGCAUAGAGCUAUAGAAUCAAGAAACAUGUUCUGAGAGCCAAUUUGGAUAUAGUUACUGUCAUUUCUUGAUGCAGACUAUGGUGUCGUGUUGAUGGGUGUAAGAUGCUCUUUUCUGAUAGAAAGGAAUCCCAUAUCUUGUUCUUGCAUGAGAACUCCAGGUUUGACUUGUAUGAUGCACUCUAUUUCAGUUCAUCAGGUGUUUAUCUUGUUCUUCUUUUCCUUUUGGAUAUAACCAUUGGUUUACUUUAU